AUGGACCGCGUGUGGGAACGAGCCAACGCAAUUUCCACAAAGGUCCAGACGAGGUUGACGCAGCCUUCGAGCUGGAUCUUGCCUCGUGAGGAGAGCAGCAUCGCGCCGCCAGGCGUCUGGACCAAUGCUGACUACGACCCUGUCGAACCCGAACGCCGCAUCUGGACAUCGACUACCAUCGCGACGUACUGGUUCUCCGACCUGGUCUCCAUCGUCGGAUGGUCCCAGGCGGCAGCCAUGUACAAUGUCGGCCUCAGCGCGACUGACUGCACCCUGGCAUGCAUGGUGGCCGGCCUCUGCAUUUCUCUCCCGACUGUGCUAAGCUCGAGGAUUGGCGCCACCAUGCACAUCCCCUUCCCCGUGGCAAUCCGAGCCAGCUUCGGCACGUACCUGCAAUACUUCUGCGUCCUUUCAAGAGCCAUUCUGGCCAUGUUCUGGUUCGGCAUCCACAGCGUCUAUGGGAGCGACUGCGUGACUACUGUCAUUACAUGCAUCUGGCCGAGCUAUGCUCACCUGGCCAACUACCUUCCCGCGUCGGCCCGCAUCACCACCAAGGGAAUGUGCUCCUAUGUCAUCUUCCACGCCGUGCAGUUCCCGUUCCUCUUCGUCCCGCCGCACAAGCUCAAGUAUCUGUUCCGCGUCAAGGUCGUCCUUCUGCCCCCCGUCGUCAUCGGCAUGGCCAUCUACCUCGCAGUCAAGGCCCACGGUGGCAACGAGUUCUUCUACCAGCCGGCGCGCAUCCAUGGCUCCGCGCGGGCCUGGAGGUGGCUCUCCGGCAUGACCUCGGUCACGGGCGGCUGCUCGACGCUGGCCCUCAACAUCUCGGACUGGUCGCGCUUCGCCAAGUCGCCGCGCAGCCAGUGGUGGCAGCUCCUGCUGAUCCCGCUGUUCCUGACCACCAUGGGCAUCUGCGGCAUUGUCGGCGCCAGCGCCUCGGUCAAGCUGUACGGCGAGGCCCUGUGGAACCCGCUCGACAUCAUCGACCUGUGGAUCAACACGCCCGGCGGGAGAGCGGCGGGCUUCUUCUGCAGCUUCAUGUGGCUGUUGGCCCAGGUGUCGAUCAACCUGAGCACGAACUCGGUGGCCUACGCAACGGAUAUCGGAUCCACCCUUCCCAAGUUCCUCAACAUCCGCCGGGCCAGCAUCCUCGGCUUUCUGCUCGGUGGCUGGGCCCUGUGUCCCUGGAUUAUCCUCGAGUCUGCAGAGACUUUCCUCAACUUCAUGUCCGCGUAUGCCAUCUUCAUGGCGCCCAUGACAGGUGUCUUGAUCUGCGACUUCUUCGUCAUCCACCGCAUGCGCUACGACGUGCCGGCGUUAUAUGAUCCCAAGGGAAUCUAUUUCUACAAGUACGGGACCAACUGGCGAGCCCUCGCCACCCUCCUCAUCACGGCGGUGCCUCUUCUCCCCGCCAUCGGCUACGCAGUCAACCCCGAAAAGGUACACGUCAGUGAGGGCCUAAAGCACUUGUACUCCAUUAACUGGCUGUACUGCUUCCUUCUCUCCUUCAGCCUCUACUUUGUUCUCAGCAAGCUAUUUCCGCCCAAGGCGACCAUCAUCCCCGCCAUGGUCUUUGGCCUUCCUGCCGAAGCUGCUGAUUCUGUUGCUGACGAGAAGGAUGGCAAGGAGACUGACAGCACCGAGGUGAAGGCUGUUGAUGUCUAGUUAAUAGUCAGGGCUUGGUUUGGGAGUGGAAUUGCGAUCAACGUCCGGACGUAUUGGGUAUAAUGUUUUUGUUGGAUUUGUGCUGGAAUUACGUGUGCACGCAAGGGGGGGCUAGCUAGUUCGGGAGAAGAAGCGCGGCAAGACAUGUCUGAGCGACAAGCAGUCUUACUGUCCCUACUGGCU